AUGAAGCAACAUAAAGUUUAUCGGCGGCGGGGACGCGACUUCGCCGGUUUCAAAGUGCUUCCGUUGCUCUUGUUGGCGGUCGGCAGCAGCCUCGAUCUGAGAGUAUUGUGCUCACCCUCGCACAGAGGCAGACAUCACGCGACUUCGGACCACGAACUACAGCAGGAACGGGAGCUGCCGGGUUCGCUUAAGGCGCAGGUGGCUGUUGCAGCCGAAGAUGAGCUUCUGCCACAGCCAGAGCAUCUUGCAGCAGAGGCCCAAGCCCAACAGCAACCGGAAGAAUUAUCCGGGGAGAAUUCUCUGGUCGUCAAAACGAAAAAGGGUCGCGUGAGAGGUGCGACCUUGACUGCCACUACCGGAAAGAAGGUCGAUGCCUGGUUCGGUAUACCCUAUGCCCAAAAGCCACUUGGUAAUUUGAGGUUUCGGCAUCCACGUCCAGCUGAGUCAUGGGAUGGUAUUUUUAACGCCACGAACCCCCCGAAUAGUUGCGUUCAAAUUCUAGAUACAGUGUUUGGCGAUUUUUCUGGAGCAAUGAUGUGGAAUCCCAAUACACCAUUGAACGAAGAUUGUCUCUAUGUGAACGUUGUCGCACCCAAGCCACGGCCUACUAAUGCCGCUGUCAUGGUAUGGAUAUUUGGUGGCGGCUUUUAUUCGGGUACAGCUACUCUCGACGUAUAUGAUCAUCGGACUCUCGUUUCCGAAGAAAACAUAAUCUUGGUAUCGAUGCAGUAUCGUGUGGCCAGCUUAGGCUUCUUAUAUUUCGGCACCUCGGAUGUACCAGGCAAUGCCGGCCUCUUCGACCAGAUGAUGGCGCUCCAAUGGGUGCGUGAUAAUAUCGCUGCUUUUGGUGGUAACCCGGACAACGUCACCCUUUUCGGUGAAAGCGCUGGCGCCGUCUCUGUCUCACUACUUUUGCUUUCGCCUCUUUCAAGGCACUUAUUCAAUCAAGCGAUAAUGCAAUCGGGUUCGGCAACGGCGCCCUGGGCUAUAAUAACACGCGAAGAGUCGAUAAUGCGAGGAUUGCGGUUGGCCGAAGCUGUCAAUUGCCCUCACGAUAAAAGUAACCUACGCGCGGUUAUAGACUGCCUCCUCACUAAGGACCCGACCGACCUCGUUAAUAGCGAGUGGGGCACUUUGGGUAUAUGCGAGUUUCCCUUCGUGCCUGUUAUCGACGGUUCCUUCCUCGACGAAACUCCUCAGCGUUCCAUGAUCACCGAAUCAUUCAAGAAAGCCAACAUCCUCAUGGGCUCCAAUACCGAGGAAGGCUUUUACUUUAUUAUUUACUAUUUAACAGAACUCUUUAGGAUCGACGGUGCGGAGGAUGUGAAGGUACCGCGCGACGAAUUCGUGAGGGCGGUCAGCGAGUUGAAUCCUUACGUUAAUCCAAUUGGUCGCUAUGCCAUCAUUUACGAGUAUACAGACUGGCUUAAGCCCGAUGAUCCCGAUACCAAUAGAAAUGCAUUGGACAAGAUCGUCGGGGACUACCAUUUCACAUGCAACGUUAACGAAUUCGCCAGCAGAUAUGCCGAGACAGGGAACAAAGUUUACAUGUACUAUUAUACACAUAGAUCAUUAAAUAAUCCAUGGCCAAAAUGGACAGGUGUAAUGCAUGCCGAUGAAAUUAGCUACAUUUUCGGCGAGCCACUUGAUCCUGCAAAAUCUUACACACACGAAGAAAUUCAUUUGUCUAAGAGAAUGAUGAGAUACUGGGCUAAUUUUGCUAAAACCGGGGAUCCCAAUAUGGGUGAUGAUGGAUCAUCUUGGACGGAAGUGACAUGGCCGGUACACACAGCAGCCAAAAAAGAGUAUCUAACACUUGAUACUAACACCACAGAAAUUGGUUAUGGUCCACGAGUAAGACAAUGCGCUUUUUGGAAGAAAUACUUGCCCCAGUUACUUUCUGCUACCUCGAAGCUGGACCCGUCGAAGGAGACGUGCAGCGGGGCGUCCUCGAUGGUGUUGGACUCGCGAGGUGCGUGUCUCCUCCUCAUAUCUUUGGUAACAAUUGGCUUGAGAGCACUGUCCGGUGCCUCGCAGUUCUGGCCCCAGCCACGUGGGCCCGUUUAGCUUACGGUCGAGAGACUCGCGACUACGGAGCCGCCGCCCGUCAACAAUCAAGAGCAACGACAACACUGACAUAUCAACGAGCAGCUACGACGACCUAAUCAAUUUCACGGUGCGGAUUAAGGAAGAGCCGACGUACACUCUGGAGAAAUGGGCAUACUGUAACUCCCUUGUAUUCAGGGCACGUAGUAACUUACUUACCCAUCCACUAGGAUGAUAAAGGACACGCUUUAUUUACGUGCGAUUGCAUUGAAAAACGAACACUUUCUAUUUUCAAAUGUCAAUGCAUACGUGUAACGUCUCUCCUUAUCCCUCCACCAUCCACCCU